AUGCCGUCCCUGCCAGAAAAUGAGCCCCAGGCGACCUCUUCCCAUAUGAUGAAGACCACAAAACGCGGGAGACCGUUCUUGAAGGACACCCUAGAUCUCUUCGCUACCCUCAUCGUUUCUCUCCAGCUAGGUCCCCACAAGCAGUUUUUCAGGACUUUUCCCCAUUCUUUUUCUACCGAUGAGGCUGCCCAGAACCUCGCUUCUCUCAAGUUUUCUCAGUCAAAUAGAGGCCCCGAUCCCCGCGACCCCUCACGAGUUGUCACGACUACCACUACCACUACCUUUUCCAUGACCCGCGAUAUGGCCAAGGCCAUGAGUCAGCAUUUCAUGGACGCCCGUCUCAUCGAAAAUGCCACUGAUCCAACCUCUAAUCUGUUCAAGGAUAGAGGCACCUAUCAGCUCACUCCCAAGGGUCUUCAUGUUCUCGAGCGCUUCAUCUCCAAGAACGGCAUCAACUCUGAUCAUCUGCAACCUGUUUUCAGCUCCCAGCCCAUCUGCAUCAAGCUUCUCCAUCUCGAGCGACGCUCUUCAGACGACGAGAUCAUAGUCACUCAAUCUGUCAUUACCGCUUUGUUCCGUCGCUUCGUUGGCCGGUCUCCCAAUUAUCCUCCUCCUCCUGAUAAGCAACUCGAUAUUUUCCAAAAAUACAACGAACGCUCAAAAGGUAUCACCCUCAGUGACAUGACCGAACGCGCUCAGCCACUUCUCGGCAAGGCCGCUCAGGUUCACAAACACUGCUUUGCUGCAGUUACCGCUUUGGAGUGGCUUUGCGACUUUACUUCCGUUGUCGGAAGAGAGGAGGCUGCUGAAAUGGCUGCCCAGUUCGUGCGUUUUGGUCUCAUCACCCUCGUCAGCGACAAGCGAAAGAACAAUGACUCGGCCAUCAUCUUCACUGUGCGUGGAUCUGCCCCUGGAGGGAACUCCCCUGUCAGCCAACAAGGUGAAUUCCGCUGCACGGCCAAGGCCAUCUACAAGAUCACCGACGAGGGUCGCCGUCUCGCUCAUUGGGACGUCUCCCCCAGACCGAAUGGUAUUCAGGACUCCCCAACCGCUUCAUCGACCAACCUCACCGCCGUCCGCUCGUCGGAAGACGGUUCGCUGGACAGCGGUCCCAGCGACAUUAAGAAGGGAAAUAUGGCCGAUGCCAAGAUCCACCGUCGUAUAUCUCUGGCCGAAAAGCUCAACGCCAACUAUGAAGCAGGAGAAAAGAAGAACUCGAAAGAAAGUAACACAGAUCGUCUGAGGUACAUUCUGGAAGAACCUGGCCUUCGUUCUUUGUUCCGCGAAUUCUUGAGAGGAAACUUUUGCGAGGAGAAUCUUUCCUUCUGGGUUGAUGUUCAAGAUUUCAAGAAAAAGUUCAAUAUUACUUCCAGUGCCAUGGCAGUUUCCCCUGUAUCUCGUCCUGGGGCCCGUAAUACACCGGGUCAAGCAGCAAUGGAAAGGCAUCAUGAAUCUCUUAUCAACACGGCUUUCGUCAUCUACAACACCUACCUCGCCCCUUCUAGUCAGUGUGAGCUCAACAUUGAUCACGGUCUCAGGAAUGAGCUGGUCAAGUACCUUGAGGAGGUCGUCACCAGCCUGACCGGCAAGGCUUUCCAGGGACGUGUUGAACCCGAACAGGCUAAUGCUUUCAAUGCUACACAAUUACAGACAAUGAUCAGACUGUACGAGCGUAUCCAGAUCCAUGUCUUCCGUUUGAUGGCCACCGAUUCGGUUCCCAAGUUCAUCAAGACGCCAAAAUUCCUUGCUAUGCGGAACUGGGUUGAAGAGUUUGACCCGACAGAAAAUGAUAUCCAUCUCCUUUCCGUCGGACCAUCAUCACCUCCAGGUCUCAACAACUCAUCGGAAGAAGUGGGCGGUGCAUAUAUGACGAUCUCACAGCAAGCCAGUGAGCGUGAACAUAGACAGCAAAUCGAGUCGGGCGCAAUCCACGCUUCAUGA